CUGAGCGCCUAUAGCGAGCUGACGCCGAUCAUCGUGCUGACGGGUUUCCUGGGCAGCGGCAAGACGACGCUGCUCAACCGCCUGCUGAAGCACCCCGCGCUCGGCGAUGCGGCAGUCCUCAUCAACGAGUUCGGCGAGGUCGGCAUCGACCAUCAGCUCGUCGAAGCGGUAGACGAGAGCACGGUCCUGCUUUCAAGCGGCUGCCUCUGCUGCACGAUCCGCGACGACCUCAAGCAGGCGAUCAUGGAGAUCCACGACAAGCGGGCCAGAGGCAUCGUGCCGCCCUAUCGCCGCGUGAUCGUCGAGACCACGGGCCUUGCCGAUCCCGCGCCCAUCCUGGCGACGCUCAUGAACGACGUGUCGCUCCGCCACCACUACCGGCUUGGUACGAUCAUCACCACGGUAGAUGCCGUGAACGGUCUCGACCAGCUUGAGCGCCAGGAGGAACCGCGCAAGCAGGCGGCGGUGGCGGACCGCAUCGUGCUGACCAAGACCGAUAUCGCGGAGCCGGAGGCGGUGGAAGCGCUGAGACAUCGCCUGGAGCAGAUCAACCCCUCCGCCGAGUUCCUGAUCGGCCAGCACGGCGCGGUCGAUGUGGAGCGCGUGCUCCGCGCCGACGUCUACGAUGCCGCCGCCAAGGGUGGGGAGGUGCUGCGCUGGAUCGAGGCGGAGGCGGCUGCAUCCCAUGCGCACGCGGGGCAUGGCCACGACGUCAACCGGCACGACGCCAGCAUCCACGCGUUUUGCCUGAUCCAUGACGAGCCGAUCGAUUGGACCGUCUUCGGCAUCUGGCUCACCAUGCUGCUGCACACCCACGGCGAGCACAUCCUGCGGGUCAAGGGGCUGCUUAAUGUCGAGGGCGCCGAUACGCCGGUCGUCAUCAACGGCGUGCAGCACAUCAUCCACCCACCGAUUCACCUCGAUGCCUGGCCGGACGAGAGCCGCCAAUCCCGCGUCGUCUUCAUUGUGCGCGGGCUGGAGCGGGCGCUGAUCGAGGAAUCGCUCGCCGUCUUCAACCGCCUCGGCGGCGGUGCGCCGCAGAGCUCGAAGGCGGCCUGA